AUAUGGCAUUGAAUUUGAAGAUGAUUAUGACUACAUGCAGCAUCUUAAGACUAGAACAGACUGCACACUUGAACCACUGCCUGAGAAUGUCACAGUCAUUGAAAAUAAAAAAGAAAAGAACAAAGUCCAGUUUGGCAAUUUAGARCUUCCAUCUGAAGCCUUUGCAUCUGCAUAUGAAGAGAGAGAAGGAUUAUUAAACUUAGCAGCACCUGCACCAGGUCCUCAUCCAGAGUGGGAUCCAGACGUUGUUGCUGCAUUAGAUGGAGAUUUUGAUGAAAAUGAUCCWGAAAAURUACUUGAAGAUGACUUUUUUCAAAAGGCCAAUUCAUCUGUACCAGAAUACAAUGCAAGUGAUGAUGAUUUGAUAAGAAGUGAUGAUGAUGAUGAUGAAAGGUACUUUCCAUCAGAUGAAGGUGAAGACUGCAAUAGCAUGUCGGAAGGAAGUGGAUUUUCAUUUGGAAAUGAAGAAACCAAGUCAAGAUUUACAAGUUACUCGAUGACAUCAUCUGUUAUCAGAAGAAAUGAAGGUUUGACAUUACUUGAUGAUCGAUUUGAAAAAGUAAUGGAGGAAUACGAUGAAGACGAGAUUGGUGCCUUAGACCAUGAAGAAAUGACUGGUACUGUUGACCCUGAUAGUCAGAUAUUGAAUGCUUUGGCCGAAGAUUUUGAGCAUCAUGUGCCGAAAGUGCAUUUUGCAGAUGUAGAUGGAACAAAGCAGGACAAAGCAAACACUUCUAGACAAGCAAAGAACAAAAGCAGUAGUGACGACAGCGAUGAUGAUGAGGACAUCAUGAGGAUAGAUGUUACUCCAAAAGAACAGUGGGAUUGUGAAUCUAUUUUAAGUACAUAUUCUAACCUAUACAACCAUCCAACUCUCAUAAAAGAAGCCCCUAAGAACAAGUCUAUAAAGCUCUCGACCAAGACAGGGAUCCCAUUAGGUGUAAUUCCAGGAAAGACAUCAGCCAAAAACAACAAYUGUUCAGAAGAYAUGGAUGUAGACAUUGCUAAACAAUGYACUGGUCCAAGACCCAAGCAUGAAGAUAAAGACGACAAAGCGCUGAGAAAACGUGCAGUGAAAGAACAGAGAAGGGCAAGACGUGUUGAAAAGAAGUCAAACAAACUGACAUUCAAGGCAGAGCAAAAAAGACAAGAACAAUCUUUAAUGAACACCAAGCAUCARCAAGGACAGAAACUUUAGUAAAGCAAACAAAUAUGGGGUCAUUCCACAUGUYARGAUUGUAAAUGACACUUUGUAAAUUCUUUUUAAAAGGGCAAGUGUAAAUUUUCCAUGCUGCAGUUCUUCCUGAAACAAARUCUUGUCCCGUUUUUUAUGUACAGGUCAACACUCCUUUUAGACAGGAUUUGGUUGUCAUGUCGUAUUCCUGUUAAUACAGACUUCCAGUUGAUAACAUUCAAUUAAAGUCAAUAUAAUUUCUGUGAAGCUGAAGAACAAUAAUAGCAAAGACACUUUUUAACAACAAAAUAUAUACAACAAUCUUUAUUAUUUUGUACAAUAGCUUCAAAUCUUGCUAUAAAUUUAUAUUAUUGCUUGAAUAUAGCUCAUAGCAAAGGA